AUAAGGGGAAUUGAAGUGACAAUGAAGAACUGAAACUAGGACUACACCCUCGUACGCAAGUGCGGUGUCCUGCCGCUGCGAGUGGUGCUUUGCCACACUGUGUCUCAAACAGCUCACUGGUUAAACGAAAUGCAGAGGAGGAGCUGCCGUCAGCCAGAAGAAACUUCCCUGACAGUUGAGAGUGUGACAACAACGUGAAGCGCAGCUCGCAGUCUCGGAGCAUCUCUUGCAACCCCAAACCACUAGAGUAAACAUCUUUAUCCUGUGGAUUGCUCGUGUUUUCAUCAAGAAAUUGGCGGAUUAUGGAGUUUUAAUUCUGUGCGUAAAAGAUGGAUUUGCUUCUUGUUGGAGAACCUGGAGAAUGCGCAUUAAUGGAAAGUGUCACUACUUCGGAAGUGAGGGGGGAACCUUUGCUUAGUGCGAAACUGUGAAAGAAGUCCGAGGCAUGAACUCCACAGCAGCAACGGGGAGAUUUCAACCGCCCACCAUCCCGGUGAUUAUGUUCAUUUUCGGGGUGGUGGGAAAUGUCAUUGCCAUAGUGGUUCUGCGAAUAUCACGGAAGGAACAAAAGGAGACGACUUUUUACACACUUGUGUGUGGGCUGGCAGUGACAGACCUCCUGGGCACCCUGCUGGCCAGCCCCGUCACCAUCGCCACCUACAUGAAGGGCUCCUGGCCGGGAGGUGAGCCGCUGUGCCAGUACUUCGGCUUCAUCCUCCUCUUCUUCUUCUUGGUCCAGCUCAGCAUUGUGUUCGCAAUGUCAGUGGAGAGAUACUUGGCAAUAAACCAUGCAUACUUCUACAACGAGUACGUCAACCAAAAACUCGCUGCGCUGACUCUUUUGGGCAUUUACAUUUCCAACAUCGUGUUUUGCGCGCUGCCCGCCAUGGGGAUAGGCCAGGUGAAGCCCCAGAACCCGGGGACUUGGUGUUUCAUCGACUGGCAGAACAAUUACACAACAGUCGUGACUUUUAAUUUGAUGUACGCUGGUGUGAAUUCAGUCAUCGUGCUGGCCACUGUCAUAUGCAACGUGAUGGUGUGCGGGGCUCUGAUCCUGAUGCACAAGCGGUUCAUCCGCCGCACGUCUUUGGGCACAGACCAGCGGCGCAUCGCGGAGCUCAGGCGCAGACGGAGUUUCGGACGAUUAGCUGGAGCAGAGAUCCAGAUGGUGAUUCUGCUUAUAGCUACCUCCGCUGUGGUUCUCAUCUGCUCCAUACCUUUAGUGUUGAGGAUCUUUGUGAAUCAGCUGUACAGAAACCAGAAAGAAGAGCCUUUAGACCUGCUGGCCAUCCGCAUGGCCUCUGUCAACCCCAUCUUAGACCCUUGGAUCUACAUCCUGCUCAGAAAGACAGUGGUCCUCAAGCUGAUGGAGAAAAUCAAGUAUCUGUUCUGCAAAAUGGGCGGGCGGGGACGAAGGAACGGCGGGCAGUUCCGCUGUGCUGACGGCCGCUUCUCCUCCUCCAUCGUCUCCAGGGAUUCUCCCUCACUGGUGUCACGUGAGCUUCGGGAAAUGGUGAGCACCUCACAGACCUUCCUGUACCCGUCUGAGGGAAACACAGGGAGGCUGGGGUCAUUUCAAGCGGGGGCGCAGGGCGACUCCAGGCCACCAGCUGUACAGACGUUACAGGGCUCCCAGGAGGUCAAGGGGCCUCAGAGGGGGCUUUCACAGAGUGAUUUAGAGGACACAGUGCCAGGCAGGCCGAUGAAAGAGAUUCCAAUGUGCCCCAAGGACCCGGCUCUAUGUGUGACCUUAACAGAAGAGACUGCAAACAUACAGGAGAAAUGCAUAUAACAGUCCGCAUGAUCUCGAAAAUCAGUCAUCACUGCAAUAGAAAUGUCUCGGGACAGAAUAUAGAAACUAAUGAGAGCAAAGACAUGACAAUAAUGGAAAAGCGUCUGAAUAAUAAAAAACUGAAUAAUCCAUCAAUCUGUAGACAUCUAGUGGACUGCUAAUAGAACGUCUGACAGAUAAAUUACUGAACUAAAUACCAAGUAUCAAUGUAUUACUCCUCAGUCAUAACUUACCACAAACACCACAUCACUAAAUACACUUUAGUACAAUCACAACAGUUUUAUCACAAAACCAUAAGGAACAACAUGAUGUUUUAGAGGAGCUCCUUCGUUGCACUUUUUGAAUUCUAAAACCACUGCUAGGCUGUUAGUAAUGCUUGUUUUAUAGCAUUUCGACAACCUGCACAAUGACCGUAAAGAAUUCAUGUUAAAAUGUGAACAGUGUUCCAUGAUGUUAAUUUAUUCUAAGUAUGAAAUUGUACGUUAUUGUCUUCUCUGUGAGAAGGUCCAGAUAGUUUGGAGCCAUUUUAAAUCGGUACAAGAUGAAUAUGUUCAUAGUUUUCUUUUUUUUUUUUGGUAUGUAGGAACAUUUGUAAACAAUUUGGUCAAAGUGGUUGACAGAGCAACUCUAACAUCAAAGCUAGAAUCAAACCAUCCCCUGCAUUUCAUAAGAAAAGGCAGCUAUACUGUGGCUUUUCCACAAUACAGACACUGGAGGACGUUAGGAGGCCUCCUAAAGAAAUGUCUUAAUAUAAAAUUGUUAAUUUACUCUUUUCGGCCCAUUACUUUUUAAGGAUUAAUCCAACUUUAUCAUAUUUCACCUUAAUGCAAUGUGCAGUUCCUCUCAUCUAAUCAGACUUUAUAGGGAAAUUAAGACGGGGAAUGAAAAUUGAAGACAUUAGGUUUCCUGUCUGAUAAGUUUAAAGGUUUUUGCCUUUUCUUACAAUGGAUUUCCUGGUGUAACACAGCAUUAAUGCUAUUGUUGCUAUAAAGAUUGAUAUAAAUACCAUGUUCAUAUUUCAAGACUAAUGUUGUACCAAACUCGUAAAUAAAUUGAAAAUAAAAGUUGGUAUUCAUAUAGA